UCUGAGGUCCCGCGAGGUUUGGAAGCUGUUUCCCCUCUAGAUUGGGUGGGUGAGCUAGUCCUGAACCCGACAGCAGGUGGCGCUCAAACCAGGGAAUUAGAAAAAGGGAACCGUGGAGGGUUGCUUAACUCAUUUCCAGUAACUUCCUCCUCCCCCGUGGGGCCCUCUGCAGCCCCACCUGUGUCCCUCCCGCCGGUCCCUGUCCUAUUCCAGGUACCUGGUCUCCGAGUAGGGAAGUACCUCUGGAGAAGCCCCCACUCCACAAGCUGCCCAGGGAAGAUGUGGUGGCUGCUCCUCUGGGGAGUCCUCCAGGCUUGCCCCAUGCAGGGCUCUGCACUCUUGGCCCAGCUGCUACCCCAGGAGCUGACAUCUCCUGGAUACCCAGAGCCAUACGUCAAAGGCCAAGAGAUGAUCGUUGACAUCAGGGCUCCAGAGGGCCUUGCCGUGAGGCUGGUCUUCCAGGACUUCGACCUAGAGCCGUCCCAGGACUGUGAGGGGGACUCAGUCACAAUCACAGCCAGUGGGAUGGAUGCAAGCCGGUUCUGUGGGCAGCAGGGAUCCCCUCUGGGCAGUCCCCCUGGUCAGGAGGAGUUUGUGUCCCUCGGAAACAGGCUGCGGCUGACCUUCCAUGCACCCACCUCCCCUGAGGAUGGGCCCAUCAGCCCCCACAAGGGCUUCCUGGCCCUUUACCAAGCCGUGGGUGUGAACCAUAAUCGGUCCAUCAGCCAGGCCAGUGGGGGCUCUGAGGCCAUCAAUAAACCUGGAGACAGCCUCUCCAAGAACCAGAAGCACUGCCAGGAGCCCUAUUAUCAGGCAAACCUGGCAGGGACAGUCACCCCCACAGCCCAGAGCCCCCGAGAGGAGACACCAGACAGGAAGGAGGCUCCUGGCUGCGUGCCUGGCUGUGGACGGCCAGUCAACCCCAUUGCCCAGAACCAGAAGGCUCUUGGUUCUUCCAGAGCAGAGCUGGGCAACUUCCCCUGGCAAGCACUCACCAACAUCCAUGGCCGGGGCGGUGGGGCCCUGCUGGGCGACAGAUGGGUCCUCACGGCCGCCCACACCCUCUAUCCCAAGGACAGCGUCUUUCCUGAGCAGAGCCGGAAUGUGGACGUGUUCCUGGGCCACACCAACGUAGAGGAGAUCAUAAAACUGGGAGACGUCCCCGUGCGCCGUGUGGUGGUGCACCCCGACUACCGCCAGAACGAGUCCUACAACUUCAAUGGAGACAUCGCCCUCCUGGAGCUCCAGCACAGUGUCCCCCUGGGCCCCAACCUCCUCCCAGUCUGCCUGCCCGACAAUGAGACCCUCUACCAGAGCGGCUUGCUGGGCUAUGUCAGUGGGUUUGGCGUGGAGAUGGGCUGGUUGACCACUGACUUGAAAUACUCAGGACUGCGCGUAGCCCCGAGGGAGGCCUGCGAAGCCUGGCUCCGAGGGAAGCAGAGGACUGACGUGUUCUCUGAGAACAUGUUCUGUGCUGGGGAUGAGAAACAGCAGCAGAAUGUCUGCCACGGGGACAGUGGUGGUGUCUUUGUGGUGUGGGACGGUCAUGCCCACCGCUGGGUGGCCACGGGCAUCAUAUCCUGGGGCGUUGGGUGUGGCAAGGGGUAUGGCUUCUACACCAAAGUGCUCAGCUACGUGGACUGGAUCAAGGAAGUGAUGGACAGGAAGGACUGACCCUGGCAGUACUUGAGCAGCGAUGCCAGGGCCAGGAGGGGGUACCGAGCCCUGAGGAUGGCAGGAGCGGGGCAGCGAAUCCCUCUGGAAGUCACAGUGGGUGCAAGAGACACCCUCCUCCACCCAAGCCUGGGCUGCCACAGCCCCCCUCCUCAUCCCCUGCCUUCCUGCCAGUUUGCACUACACCCGAGGGGGCCCUGCAGGACUCAGCAAGUUUCACUUUGAACCUCAUCUCCUGCUGACACAGCUUCUUCUGUUCUCUCCUGGGAGACACUCUGUUUCUCCCCGACCCCUCCAUUCAGGAAGACCCCCCUGGAGUAUGGGGGAAGGGGUCUUCAUUGCAUUGCAUUUCUGAAACAUUCCAAAGCCCCUUUUGUCAACCUUCAAAGAUUCAAACUAUUGGCUUUACCACUGGCCACAACUCCUGGCUGCAGUUACAGUAAUAGCACUUUUUUGUUUUAUACCUUCA